AUGAUUUACUCCUUGCGCAAGGCGGCUGUUUCAGCUAGAAUAAACACAGUAGUUGUAUCGAAUGGUGCUACUAUGGUGCCUCGUGGAAUCCCUACUAUUCUAUCACAAUAUACUCCCAAAAAUAGCACUUUCAGAAUUUAUAAUAAAAGGUGGAAAAAAGAUGUUGUGUAUCUUUACCAGUUCAGUCGAGCUUCGUCAUCACCCAAUAUCUCACCAUUUUGUUUCAAAGUUGAAACUUGGUUACGAGCAAACAAGCUGAAACAUGAGUUGCGCAGUUACUGGAAUUUUCAACCAUGGGAAAGAUAUCUUCCUUUCGUGGAGUUGAAUGGAGAGAAAAUUUCCUGUUCGCAACUGAUUGUGGAGCAACUGCAGAGACAUUUCAAUUUAAAUGACCAGUUGGAGAAAGUUGAUAUUGGUGUUGCGCGGGCUAUUGAUAGGAUGAUUGAACGCAACACGCAUUACUUGUUGCUAUAUUUUAUAUUCGUAGAAAAUCUGCCUAAAUUUCUACAAGGAUUUGAACCUUCGUUAAUUAAACGAUGGUUUAUGCGUGGUACGAUAUCUCCUUUUCACGACAAGGUACGGCGAACAUUCGUAGAUAUGGGCUUUAGUAAAUGUUCGCGAAAUGAUCUUAUUAGUAUGCUGCAGAAAGACAUUGCUGCAAUUGAUGUCAUCUUAGGUGACAAAAAGUUCUUAUUUGGUGUGAAACCUACUUUGUCCGAUUUCACGGUUUUUGGACAUUUGGCCACAUCGUAUUAUUUGCCAUUUCAUCAGCCAAUAACGGAUAUAUUAGAUGAUAAAUAUCCACGAGUCAAAAGAUUGAUUGAGCGAAUGCGGCAACAUUAUUAUCCAGAAUGGGAAUUUAAUACAUAA